AUGUUUUGACCUCUCCUGGCUGCCGUCGCGGAGCAUGCGCAAAUAAGCCCGGCGGGACACAAGUGUCAUGGCGCGCUCCAUCUGAAGCCUGUGCAGUUUCCUGACAGUGGCUUGUGGUUUUUCUCUCAGUUUGGACAGAUUCAUCUUUCAAGAGGACUUGAGACCAAUUUCAGAUAAUCAAGAUGCCUUCUGCAUCCUGUGAUGUACUGCUGGAUGACAUAGAAGAUAUCAUAUCACAGGAAGAUUCAAAGCCACAAGAUAGACAUUUCUCAAGAAAGCAUGUGUUUCCUAAAGUACGGAGGCGGAAUACCCAAAAAUAUUUGCAAGAAGAGCCCAGCCCACCAAGUGACAGCACGAUUCCAGGCAUACAGAAAAUUUGGAUACGAACAUGGGGCUGCUCACAUAAUAAUUCAGAUGGAGAAUACAUGGCUGGACAGCUUGCUGCCUAUGGCUAUAAAAUUACAGAAAAUGCAUCAGAUGCAGAUCUGUGGCUCCUGAACAGCUGCACUGUGAAGAACCCAGCUGAAGACCACUUCAGAAACUCAAUCAAAAAAGCUCACGAGGAGAAUAAGAAAGUUGUCCUCGCUGGCUGUGUUCCCCAAGCCCAGCCUCGUCAGGAUUACCUCAAAGGACUGAGCAUCAUUGGGGUUCAGCAGAUAGAUCGUGUGGUAGAAGUUGUGGAGGAAACAAUAAAAGGUCACUCCGUGAGGCUCCUGGGCCAGAAGAAAGAAAGUGGGAAGCGGUUGGGUGGAGCGAGACUGGAUUUGCCAAAGAUCAGGAAGAAUCCGCUGAUAGAAAUCAUAUCCAUCAACACGGGGUGUCUCAAUGCUUGUACCUACUGCAAAACUAAACAUGCCAGAGGAAACCUGGCCAGCUAUCCCAUUGAUGAACUUGUAGAGAGAGCCAAGCAGUCCUUUCAAGAGGGUGUUUGUGAGAUAUGGCUGACCAGCGAGGACACCGGGGCCUAUGGCAGAGACAUUGGCACAGAUCUCCCCACACUCCUGUGGAAGCUGGUGGAAGUGAUUCCUGAGGGAGCCAUGCUGAGGCUUGGCAUGACAAAUCCACCGUAUAUUUUAGAGCAUCUGGAGGAAAUGGCAAAAAUCCUCAACCACCCCAGAGUCUACGCUUUUCUCCACAUCCCGGUGCAGUCUGCCUCUGACAGUGUGCUCAUGGACAUGAAGAGAGAGUACUGCGUGGCCGACUUCAAAAGAGUUGUGGAUUUUCUCAAGGAGAAGGUUCCUGGAAUAACGAUUGCUACGGAUAUUAUCUGUGGUUUUCCUGGAGAAACCGAUCAGGAUUUUCAAGAAACCGUGAAACUUGUUGAAGAGUACAAAUUUCCAAGCCUCUUCAUCAACCAGUUCUAUCCAAGACCCGGAACCCCCGCUGCAAAAGCCAAACAAGUCCCAGCACACGUGAAAAAACAAAGAACAAAAGAUCUAUCUCGGGUGUUUCAUUCCUACAACCCAUAUGAUCACAAGGGCAAGGUGGGAGGUUGGAGCCUGUCCCUUUGCAGCCCUGGACAGCUGAGGACCAUGACGCCCCUGCCUGCCUCCUCUCCUCAGCCCUGACUCUUACACACUGUGGGUGACAUUCUGCUGCUCCACGCCUCCGCUUCCUCCUCUCCAUAGAGAAAUGAUGAGGUACUUUUCCCUACUGGUUCUCCUUGGCGAUUAAAUACUAGUAAUACUAGUGAAGAUUGAAAGUGUUUAUAUGCAUCCAUUCGGUGGAUAAUCGGAGCGAGAUCACACACACAUUUCUGUAUAAACUGAGAUAGCUGUAUGAUAGAACUUAAUGGGAAACACAUGUUCCGUCUUUAGGACAGUGUUUCCUUACACAGCCCAGCCUGGCCCCUCCCUCUUCCUGUCUGUGCUGAAGACUGUACUGGGAUUGCAAGGCAUACUCCAUCAUACCCGCCUUGAUUUGUAGCUGAAUAUAAAGGAAAAAUGCACCAAAGCUCAUUAUCAGGGGACAAAACUAGCUCAGUAGUCCCUAUCUCUACCAACCUCAUUUCUUAUGUAAGAUAUUCAGCCUGUACUCUGUAAACAAAUAGAUUAGUUUAGUUUUAAUUCAUCACUCCUAUGCUAGUGGGUUUGGGUUUUUUUGUUUGUUUGUUUUUGUUUUGGGGGGGGGCUUGUUUUUUUGUUUUUUGUUGGUUUUUUGUUGUUUUUGGUUUUGGUUCUUUUGUUGUUGUUAUUUUUGUUUUGUUUUGUUUUUGGCUCAGUCUGGGUCACCAUGAAUUUACAGAGACCAAAAUUUUAUGAAGGUCUUGAUGUGUUUGCAGAUCCCUCUGCACAUGCUCUUUUAAGGAAGUCUGUGUCUUAUUCUCAGUUACAGUGCAGCUCUGUACUUACAGGGGAAGGCUCUGUUCAUUUGCCUCUAGUGCACAAAAGCAAAUCAUUCUGUAAAAGUGCUUCACCUUCACUGGUGGUCAAGUGCUACACCGUGUAAAAUAUUAAAAUUCAAGAGUGAUGAAGUUAAUUUAGAAUAUAAUAGCUGGUUUUGAUCGUUUCCAAUUAAAAAAUAUUUAAGUCAUUCACUUCUGGCCAGUUUUGAAAUUAAAAUUAGUCAUGGAAAAUAUUAUAAUUUCAAUACUCAUACAUUAGAAAACAUUGAAUAUCAGAUUUAAAAAAAAUACUUAGAAAACAAUCAUUUUUUUAAACUUAAUAUCUUCCAAAAUUGUUUACUCUGUAAUCAGUGUUUGUGUUAAGGGGGCAGUAAUGUUAAGAAAUUGUUAUCAAUCAAUAGCAAUUCUUUUUCUAGGUGGAAGGGUAAAAUGAAAGACUGUUUUACUUCAGCUCAAGCUAGAAAUAGAAAUAGGAAAUGUGGGGAUUGGGAGUCUAGUGUCCAGAAGGAUGAGAAAGAGGGAGAAGUUACUGUAAGGAAGGCCAGGCAGAGCCCAGCUGGACGUUCCUCCUGUCAAUCCCCAACACACACACACACACACACACACACACACACACACACAUUUCUUCCUCCUGCACAAGCUAUGGUCACCCUUCCCUGGAGACAGGAAGAGCUCUCAGAGCAGGGAACAGCCUGCCUGCUGGAUCCCCUGUCCCUAGCACGUGUAGAAGGUUAAUGAGGAUGUGUUAAAUGAAUUCGUUAAUUCACUUAUAAGUCAUUGUGCAGUUUGGUGAUUAUUCAUUAUGUUCAAGAGACCCAUUUCCCAUGCAUUCGUAAUUAGUCUGCUGGGAAAGAAAUUUCAUAAACCGUAAGAAGGGCAAAUCAAAGCUAGCCACAUGUGCUAAGGAAUAUAUUAUAAAGUAAGUCUUGGCCAAGUAAACAUGAGUCUGCAGGCUGUUCAUCACAGAACUGUUGAUAAGAAUCAAAUGGAGCCGCCUAAGUGGGCAGUAGGUGAUAAGUUACAUAUACCACGAUUUAUAACACAGGGCCAGGUGGCCAAUUAACCAUGUCAUAAUGAUAAGGAAUUUUUAUUGACUUGUCAAAAACUGUACUGUUAUAGCCUAUAUGUGUGAUAUCAAUUUUAUCAAAAUAAUAGUAUACAUAUACUUAGAAAAACCAAGACUGGUAAAUAACAUAGCAUGAUGUUAGCAGAAGUUAUAUAUAAACACAGGUGAUCUUGCUUUCUUUUUUAUGCCUGUGUCUUUGCAAUUUUCACUCCUUAGGUUCCCCACCCCCUCAGAGAGUCCUUCCUUCCCUCCCCCUCCAUGUCUCUUUUGAGAUGGUGGAGAAAUACCCCUCCCUGGGUAUCCCCCACCCUAGCGCAUGAAGCCUCUGAAGGUUCGGGCCCAUCAUCUCCCACUGAGACCAGACAAGGCAGCUUAGGUGGGAAAUGGAUUCCACAGACAGGCCACAGCUUAAGGGACAACCACAUGGAGACAGCGCUGCACAUCUGCUACAUAUGUGCUAGGGGCCUCAGUCUCUGAGAACUCCCAAGGGUCCAGGUUAGUUGAUUCUGUUGGUCUUUCUGUGGAGUUUCUAUUUCGGGCUGGUUAUUGAUUGGCCAUUCCCCCAGUCUCUGUUCCACCUUUGUCCCUGCACUUCUUGUAGAUAGGACAGAUUUGGGGUGGAAAGCUUCGUGUAUCUUUAUCCCUCCACUGAGGAUCCUGUGUGGCAACAAGAGGUGGUCUAUUUAAGUUCCCUAUCACCACUGCUAUAUCUCAGCUAAGGUCCCUCACACUGACUCCUGGGAGCCUCCCCCAUCCCAGGUCUCUGGCACUUUCUACAGAUGUCCCCAACCCCUGGAAAGUGCAAAUAUCCAUUUAGGUAUCCAUUCAGUUUCCUCCUCCGGCCCUCUCUGUACCUCUGUAGUAGAAUCUAUUGUUUGGAUUCCCUUGUCCCUGAUGACUAAGAAAGGAAAAACAUUUUGUUAAGUGCUUCGCAGCCAUUCGCAAUUCCUCUGUGGAUAAUUCUCUCUGGCUCUGUAUCCCAUCUUUAAGUUGGGUUGUUUGGUUUGUUGGAGUCUUACUUCUUCUGUCCAUUCUGUGUUCUAGAUAUUAGCCCUGUCAGAUACAGGACUAGGGAAGAUUUUUUUUUCCAAUCUGUAGGCUGUAAUUUUGUCCUGAUGGUGGUGUACUUUGUUUUUACACAAGCUUUUCAGUUUCAUGAAGUCCCAUUUGUCAAUUGUUGAUCUUAGAGCCUGAGCCAUCAGUGUUCUGUUCAGGAAAUUGUUUCCUAUACCAAGGUGUUCAAGGCUAUUUCCCACUUUCUCUUCUAUUAGAUUUAGUGCAUCAGGUUUUAUGUUGAGGUCUUUGAGACACUUGGACUUGAGUUUUGUGCAGGAUGAUAAAUAUGGAUCUAUUUGCAUUCCUCUAUAUUGCAGCUCUCCAGUUAGACAAGCAGCAUUCGUUGAAGAUCUUUUUUGUAUUGUUUUGUUUUCCAUUGUAUGAUUGGCUUCUUUGUCAAAAAUAAACUGUCCAUAGGUGUGAUGGUUUAUUUCUAUGUCUUUGAUUUGAUUCUAUUGAUCAACCUAUCUGUUUCUAUACCAGUACCAUGCAUUUUGGUUGGUUGUUUGGUUAGUUGACUGGUUUGUUUGUUUGUUUGUUUGUUUUAAUCACUGUCGCUCUGUAGUACAGCUUGAGGUCAGGAAUGGUGAUUUUUCCAGAAGUUCUUUCAUUGUUCAGGAUUGUUUUACCUAUCCUGGGCUUUUUGUUCUUCCACAUGAAGUUGAGAAUUCCUCUUUCAAGGUCUGUUUAAAAAAAAUUGUGUUGGAAUUUUGGGAGACACUUAUGUAUACCAGCAUAUCCACAAAUCAUGAUACUGUGACUUCUUCCUUUCCUUUCCAAUUUCUAUCUCCUUGUUCUCCUUUUGUUGUCUGAUUGCUCUAGCUAGAGCUUCAAGUACUAUAUUGAAUAGAUAGGGAGAGGUUCGGCAGCUUUGUCUUGUCCGUAGUUUUAGUAGGAUUGCUUUAAGAUUCUCUCCAUUUAAUUUUAUGUUGACAUUGCCCUGCUAUAUAUUGCUUUUAUUAUGUUUAGCUAUACACCUUGUAUCCAUGAUCUUUCUAAGACUUUCAACAUGAAGGGGUAUUGGAUUUUUGUCAAAGGCUUUUUCAAUAUCUAAUGAGAUAAUCAUGUGAUUUUUUUUCUUUCAGUUUAUAUGGUGGAUUACAUUGAUGAAUUUUAGUAUAUUGAACCAUCUCAGUCUCUCUGGUAUGAAGUCUACUUGAUCAUGGUUAAUGAUGUUUUUUUUCCAUCUUUAUUAACUUGAGUAUUUCUUAUUUACAUUUCGACUGUUAUACCCCUUCCCAUUUUCCAGGCCAACAACCUCAAACCCCUCCCUCUCCCCUUCUAUAUGGGUGUUCCCGUCUCCAUCCUCCCCGCAUUACCACCCUCCCACCAACAAUCACGUUCACUGGAGGUUCAGUCUUGGCAGGACCAAGGGCUUCCCCUUCCACUGGUGCUCUUACUAGGCUAUUCAUUGCUACCAAUGAGGUUGGAGCCCAGCGUCAGUCCAUGUAUAGUCUUUGGGUAGUGGCUUAGUUCCUGGAAGCUCUGGUUGGUUGGCAUUGUUGUUCAUAUGGGGUCUCGAGCCGCUUCAAGCUCUUCCAGUCCUUUCUCUGAUUCCUUCAACUGGGGUCCCGUUCUCAGUUCAGUGGUUUGCUGCUGGCAUUCACCUAUGUAUUUGCUGUAUUCUGGGUGUGUCUCUCAGGAGAGAUCUACAUCCGGUUCCUGUCGUCCUGCACUUCUUUGCUUCAUCCAUCUUGUCUAAUUGGGUGGCUGUAUAUGUAUGGGCCACAUAUGGGGCAGGCUCUGAAUGGGUGUCCCUUCUGCCUCUGUUCUAAACUUUGCCUCCCUGUUCCCUCCCAAGGGUAUUCUUGUUCCCCUUUUAAAGAAGGAGUGAAGCAUUCGCAUUUUGGUCAUCCUUCUUGAGUUUCAUGUGUUCUGUGCAUCUAGGGUAAUUCAAGCAUUUGGGCUAAUAGCCACUUAUCAAUGAGUGCAUACCAUGUGUGUUUUUCUGUGAUUGGGUUACCUCACUCAGGAUGAUAUUUUCCAGUUCCCUCCAUUUGCCUAUGAAUUUCAUAAAGUCAUUGUUUUUGAUAGCUGAGUAAUAUUCCAUUGUGUAGAUGUACCACAUUUUCUGUAUCCGUUCCUCUGUUGAAGGGCAUCUGGGUUCUUUCCAGCUUCUGGCUACUAUAAAUAAGGACACUAUGAACAUAGUGAAGCACGUGUCUUUGUUAUAUGUUGGGGCAUAUUUUGGGUAUAUGCCCAAGAGAGGUAUAACUGGGUCCUCAGGUAGUUCAGUGUCCAACUUUCUGAGGAACCUACAGACUGAUUUCCAGAAUGGUUGUACCAGUCUGCAAUCCCACCAACAAUGGAGGAGUGUUCCUCUUUCUCCACAUCCUCGCCAGGAUCUGUUGUCUCCUGUGUUUUUGAUCUUAGCCACUCUCACUGGUGUGAGGUGAAAUCUCAGGGUUCUUUUGAUUUGCAUUUCCCUUAUGACUAAAGAUGUUGAACAUUUCUUUAGGUGUUUCUCGGCCAUUCGGCAUUCCUCAGCUGUGAAUUCUUUGUUUAGCUCUGAACCCCAUUUUUAAUAGGGUUAUUUGUCUCCCUGCGGUCUAACUUUUUGAGUUCUUUGUAUAUUUUGGAUAUAAGGCCUCUAUCUGUUGUAGGAUUGGUAAAGAUCUUUUCCCAAUCUGUUGGUUGCCGUUUUGUCCUAACCACAGUGUCCUUUGCCUUACAGAAGCUUUGCAUUUUUAUGAGAUCCCAUUUGUCGAUUCUUGAUCUUAGAGCAUAAACCAUUGGUGUUUUGUUCAGGAAAUUUUCUCCAGUGCCCAUAUGUUCGAGAUGCUUCCCUAGUUUUUCUUCUAUUAGUUUGAGUGUGUCUGCUUUGAUGUGGAGGUCCUUGAUCCACUUGGACUUAAGCUUUGUACAGGGUGAUAAGCAUGAAUCUAUCUGCAUUCUUCUACAUGUUGACCUCCAGUUGAACCGGCACCAUUUGCUGAAAAUGCUAUCUUUUUUCCAUUGGAUGGUUUUGGCUCCUUUGUCAAAAAUCAAGUGACCAUAGGUGUGUGGGUUCAUUUCUGGGUCUUCAAUUCUAUUCCACUGGUCUAUCUGUCUGUCUCUGUACCAACACCAUGCAGUUUUAAUCACUAUUGCUCUGUAAUACUGCUUGAGUUCAGGGAUAGUUAUUCCCCCGGAAGUCCUUUUAUUGUUGAGGAUAGUUUUAGCUAUCCUGGGUUUUUUGUUAUUCCAGAUGAGUUUGCAAAUUGUUCUAACUCUCUGAAGACUUGGACUGGUAUUUUGAUGGGGAUUGCAUUGAAUCUGUAGAUCGCUUUUGGUAAAAUGGCCAUUUUUACUAUAUUAAUCCUGCCAAUCCAUGAGCAUGGGAGAUCUUUCCAUCUUCUGAGGUCUUCUUCAAUUUCUUUCUUCAGAGGCUUGAAGUUCUUAUCAUACAGAUCUUUCACUUGCUUGGUUAAAGUCACACCGUGGUAUUUUGUAUUAUGUGGGACUAUUAUGAAGGGUGUCAUUUCCCUAAUUUCUUUCUUGGCUUGUUUCUCUUUUGUGUAGAGGAAGUCUACUGAUUUAUUUGAGUUAAUUUUAUACCCAGCCACUUUGCUGAAGUUGUUUAUCAGGCUUAGUAGUUCUCUGGUGGAACUUUUGGGGUCACUUAAGUAUACUAUAAUGUCAUCUGCAAAUACUGAUAUUUUGACUUCUUCCUUUUCAAUCUAUGUCCCUUUGACCUCUUUUUGUUGCCUAAUCGCUCUGCCUAGGACUUUGAGCACUGUAUUGAAUAAGUAGGGAGAGAGUGGGCAGCCUUGUCUAAUCCCUGAUUUCAGGGGGAUUUCUUCAAGUUUCUCUCCUUUUUGUUUAAUGUUAGCUACUAAUUUGCUGUUUAUUGCUUUUACUGUGUUUAGGUAUGGACUUUGAAUUCCUGAUCGUUCCAGGACUUUUAUCAUGAAGGGGUGUUGAAUUUUGUCAAAUGCUUCCUUAGCAUCUAAUCAAAUGAUCAUGAGGUUUUAUUCUUUGAGUUGAUUAUAUAGUGGAUUACUUUGAUGGAUUUCCAUAUAUUGAACUAUCCCUGCAUCCCUAGGAUGAAGUGUACUCGUUCAUGAUAGGUGUUCGUUUUGAUGUGCGCUUGGAUUCAGUUUGCGAAAAUUUUAUUGAGUAUUUUUGCGUCAAUAUUCAUAGGAAAAUUGGUCUGGAGUUCGAUUUCUUUAUUGGGUCUUUGCGUGGUUUAUGUAUAAGAGUAAUUGUGGCUUCAUAGAAGGAAUUCGGUAGUGCUCCAUCUGUUUCAAUUUUGUGGAAUAGUUUGGACAGUAUUGGUAUGAGGUCUUCUACGAAGGUCUGAUAGAAUUCUGCACUAAACCCCUCUGGACCUGGGCUUUUUGGUUGGGAGACCUUUAAUGACUGCUUCUAUUUCUUCAGGAGUUAUGGGGUUGUUUAAAUGGUUUAUCUGUUCCUGAUUUAACUUUGGUACCUGGUAUCUGUCUAGGAAAUUGUCCAUUUCCUGCAGAUUUUCAAGUUUUGUUGAAUAUAGGCUUUUGUAGUAGGAUCUGAUAAUUUUUUUAAUUUCCUCUGAUUCUGUAGUUAUGUCUCCCUUUUCAUUUCUGAUUUUGUUAAUUUGUACAUACUCUCUGUGUCCUCUCAUUAGUCUCGCUAAGGGUUUAUCUAUCUUGUUGAUUUUCUCAUAGAACCAACUUUUGGUUCUGUUGAUUCUUUCUAUGGUCUUUUUUGUUUCUACUUGGUUGAUUUCAGCUCUGAGUUUGAUUAUUCCCUGCCUUCUACUCCUCCUGGGUGUAUUUGCUUCUUUUUGUUCUAGAGCUUUUCGGUGUGCUGUCAAGCUGCUGACAUAAGCUGUCUCCUGUUUCGUUCUGCAGGCACUUAGAGCUAUGAGUUUUCCUCUUAGCAUAGCUUUCAUUGUGUCUCAUAAGUUUGGGUAUGUUGUACCUUCAUUUUCAUUAAAUUCUAAGAAGUCUUUAAUUUCUUUCUUUAUUUCUUCCUUGACCAGGUUAUUGUUAAAUAGCGCAUUAUUCAACUUCCAUGUAUAUGUGGGCGUUCUUCCCUUAUUGUUAUUGAAGACCAGCUUUAGCCCGUGGUGGUCUGAUAGGAUGCAUGGAAUUAUUUCUAUCUUUCUGUAUUUGUUGAGGCCUGUUUUAUGACCAAAUAUAUGGUCAGUUUUGGAGAAGGUACCAUGAGGUGGUGAGAAGAAGGAUAUCCUUUUGUUUUAGGAUAGAAUGUUCUAUAAAUAUCUGUUAAGUCCAUUUGGCUCAUGACUUCUCUUUGUCUAUGUCUCUGUUUAAUUUCUGUUUCCAUGAUCUGCCCAUUGAUGAGAGGGGGUGUUGAAAUCUCCUACUGUUAUUGUGUGAGGUUCAAUGUGUGCUUUGAGCUUAUAAGGUUUCUUUUAUAUAUGUAGGUGCCCUUGUAUUUAGAGCAUAGAUAUUUAGGAUUGAGAGUUCAUCUUGCUCGAUUUUUCCUUUGAUGAAUAUGAAGUGUCCUUCCUUAUGUUUUUUGAUGACUUUUAGUUGAAAAUCGAUUUUAUUCGAUAUUAGAAUGGCUACUCCAGCUUGCUUCUUCAGCCCAUUUGCUUGGAAAGUUGUUUUCCAGCCUUUCCCUCUGAGGUAGUGUCUGUCUUUGUCUCUGAGGUGUGUUUCCUGUAGGCAGCAGAAUGCGAGGUCCUCAUUGGGUAUCCAGUUUGUUAAUCUAUGUAUUUUUAUUGGGGAGUUGAGACCAUUGAUGUUGAGAGAUAUUAAGGAAUAGUGAUUAUUGCUUCCUGUUAUAUUCACAUUUGGAUGUGAGAUUAUGUUUGUGUGCUUUUCUUCUCUUUGUUUUGUUGCCAAGAUGCUUAAUUUCUUGCUUUUUCUAUGGUAGCUUGCCUCCUUAUGUUGGGCUUUACCAUUUAUUAUCCUUUGUAGGGCUGGAUUCGUAGAAAGAUAUUGUGUAAAAUUGGUUUUGUCAUGGAACAUCUUGGUUUCUCCAUCUAUGUUAAUUGAGAGUUUUUCAGGAUACAGUAACCUGGGCUGGCAUUUAUGUUCUCUUAGGGUCUGUAUGACAUCUGUACAGGAUCUUCUGGCUUUUAUAGUCUCUGAUGAGAAGUCUGGUGUGAUUCUGAUAGGUCUGCCUUUAUAUGUUACUUGACCUUUUUCCCUUACUGCUUUUAAUAUUCUUUCUUUGUUUUGUGCAUUUGGUGUUUUGACUAUUAUGUGAUGGGUGGAGUUUCUUUUCUGGUCCAAUCUAUUUGGAGUUCUGUAGGCUUCUUGUACGUUUAUGGGCAUCUCUUUCUUUAGGUUAGGAAGUUUUCUUCUAUGAUUUUGUUGUAGAUAUUUACUGGUCCUUUGAGCUGUGAGUCUUCACUCUCUUCUAUACCUAUUAUCCUUAGGUUUGAUCUUCUCACUGAGUCCUGGAUUUCCUGUAUGUUUUGGACCAGUAGCUUUUUCCAUUUUACAUUAUCUUUGACCAUUGUGUCUUCUUCUUCUCCUGAGAUUCUCUCUUCUAUCUCUUGUAUUCUGUUGGUGAUGCUUGUAUCUAUGGCUCCUUUUCUCUUCCUUUGGUUUUCUAUAUCCAGGGUUGUUUCCCUUUGUGCUUUCUUUAUUGCUUCUAUUUCCAUUUUUAAUUCCUUCACCUGUUUGAUUGUUUUUUCCUGGAAUUCUUUCAGGGAUUUUUGUGAUUCCUCUCUAUAGGCUUCUACUUGUUUAUUUAUGAUUUCCUCCGUUUCUCCAAAGGAGUUCUUUAUGUCUUUCUUGAAGUCCUCCAUCAUCAUGAUCAAAUGUGACUUUAAAUAAAGAUCUUGCUUUUCUGGUGCGUUUGGAUAUUCAGCGUUUGCUUUGGUGGGAGAAUUGGGCUCCGAUGAUGCCAUGUAGUCUUGGUUUCUGUUGAUUGGGUUCCUGAGCUUGCCUCUCGCCAUCAGGUUGUCUCUGGUGUUACCUUGUUCUGCUAUUUCUGAGAGUGGCUAGACUGUCAUAUAGGCCUGUGUGUCAGGAGUACUGUAGACCUGUUUUCCUGUUUUCUUUCAGCCAGUUAUGGGAACAGAGUGUUCUGCUUUUGGGCGUGUAGUCCUGUCUACUGGUCUUCAGCUGUUCCUGUGGGCCUGUGUCCUGAGUCCACCAGGCAGGUCGCUUGGAACAGAAAAGUUGGUCUUACCUGUGGUCCUGCAGCUCAAGUUGCUUGUGGGAGGCUGCUUUUGAGCUCUCCAUGAGGGUGGCAACCAGGAGGCCCUGCGCCACCUUUACCCGGGGCCCUCCUGCACCCGGGUUCCAGAUGGCGUUCGGUGUUUUCCUCCAGAGUCAGAAAUGUGGGCAGACACUAUCCAAAGACUAUAUAUGGACUGACCCUGGGCUCCAACCUCAUAGGUAGCAAUGAAUAGCCUAGUAAUAGCACUAGUGGAAGGGGAAGCCCUUGGUCCUGCCAAGAGUGUACCCCCAGUGAAUGUGAUUAUUGUGGGGGAGGGUGGUAAUUGGGGGAGGAUGGGGAGGGGAACACCCAUACAGAAGCGGAGGAGGAGGACUUAGGGGGAUGUUGGCCAUGAAACCGGGAAGGGGAAUAACAAUCGAUAUGUAAAUAAGAAAUACCCAAGUUAAUAAAGGUAAAUAUAUAAAAUUUUAAAAGAGAGAGAGAGAGAGAGAGAGAGAGAGAGAAAUGUGGGCAGAGUGUAGUCUCUUCUGGCUUGUCAGGCGUGUCUCCCCCUCUGAAGCUCUCCCUUGCACGGGAUUUGGGUGCAGAGAACUGUUGACCGGGUCUCUUCAGGUCCAGGCAGUGACUGGACCGCAGGGGACCUGCUGCUAGUGUGCUGCUGAGCACCAGUUAAUGAUGUUUUUGAUGUGUUCUUAGAUUCAUUUUGUGAAAUUUUUAUAGAGUAUUUUAGCAUUGAUGUGCGUAAGAGAAGUUAGUCUGAAAUUCUCUUUCUUUGUUAAGUCUUUGAGUGGUUUAGGUAUCCUGUGGCCUCAUAGAAUGAAUUUAGCAGUGUUCCUUCUCUUUCCAUUCUGUGUAACAAUCUGAGGACUAUUGGUAUUAGCUUUUCUUUGAAAAUCUUGUAGAAUUUUAUGCUAAAACCAUCUGGCCCUUUUUUUUUUUUUUUUUUUUUUUUUUUGUGGUUGGAAGACUUUUAAUGACUGCCCCUGUUUUCUUAAAGUUUAUAGGACUGUUUAGAUAGUUUAUGUGAUCUUGAUUUCAUCUUGGUAAUUGGUAUCUGUCUAGGAAACCAUUCAUUUCAUUUAGAUUUUCCAAUUUUGUGGCUUUUGAAGUAAGGCUCCCCCUCCCCUUGGAUUUUGUUAUGCCUUCCUUUUUAUUCCUGAUUUUGUUAAUUGGAUACUAUCUCUGUGCCGUUCAGUUUGGCUAAGGGUUUGUCUAUCUUGUUGAUUUUCUAAAAGAAAAUCUUGUUGGAAAUUUUUAAAGUGGACAUUAAUUCCUCUUGUAAAAAGCCCGGAAAGGAAAGCUUCUUGAUACGUUUUUGUGGGGCAAACGGCUCAGAAUUAGGCCAUGUGGAAUGGAGAAGUAUGCACAGUUGAGAAUACAGCACGGGCUGGCUGUUUUUAGUCAUGGCCACCGAGCACUUUUAAGGUUGGAUUCUUAGGUGCCAAUAGACCCAACUCACCUGGGAGCAAGGCAGGUAUGUGUAUUGUUGGCCUUGUUCUGGAAGGAGUUCUUCCAAGAGUUACAGUACUAUAAACUGACAAGACCACAGGCUGGUAUAGAUACCUUGUUUGCAUUGUGAUUGUUUCUAGGGGUGGGCUUUGUGUUCUUUCCUGAUAGGGAAUAGCCUUAAGCAAUAGAAAUUGGUAAGUCAAAAACACCAACCAUAAAAGCAAACUGCUUGCUUGGAUCAGGAGUGUUACUUAUGUUUGCUGGCGUUGAUCUGUCACCUGAAGUGGCCUUGUGGCAAUCAGUCCCUGAGAAAGGCAAGCACAUCCCCUAGCAUCAUUGUGGAAAACUGGCCAAGCACCUGGAUGUACCCAGAGGAACUGCGAUUUCACUUCUUACUCCACAAGCAACAUCCUUCUGUUGUGAAUUUAAUCUUCACAGUCAAAAUCUAUGUCUGCUCAUUUGGGCAGGAAAUGUUUUGUGUGUAGCAGUGGCAAACAAUGUAACACUAAACAAGCUUAACGUCGGUCAUUUGGGAAGGGGAUGUUUUGUGUGUAGCAGUGGCAAACAGUGUGACACUAGGCAAGCUUAGCAUCGGUCAUCUGAUCUUCCAUCAUACCCUUGCCAAGUCAUUUUUCCUUUGGGUUUGUCAUCGUGUAUUGUCGGCCACAAGACCCGUUAUAUGUUAUAAUAUGUGUAAGCAUUAUGUUUGACAUGUGUUUGUCAGAGGUAUGCACACUACACAAAACCUCUGUGUAAAUCCCGUAUAUACCUUCACUUACAUGUAUGACUGACUGAACUGGAUCCUCCAUGUGCACUGCAGGCUUCUGUCUCCAGUUUCAUACAUCCCUGCCUGCCACAGCCAGGACAGGAAAUUCUCUCUCUUCUUCCUUAUUUCCUGUCCCAAACUAAACUUGGAACCCGAUGAUACUUACAGACCCAUGCUGUGAUCAUCCUGCUCCUACUUCUGUAUUUCAGCCUGUUCUGUCCUCCACCUCCAUGGCAGGAGCCCUUGGUUCCAUUGCCUUCAGCUUCCGGCCUCUGCAGGGACCCGGUCUGCUUGCACUCUACUCAGGAUUGGAGGCUACUCAGACAAGCUCUGGGAAGACUGUGAACCAGAUAAUGGAGCAUGCACUGGUCAGCAUCCUCGCUGGAGCUUGACAUGGUGGCUUUAAACCCUGCCGUGUGACUCCAAGCCACAGAAAGGCAUUCUGUGCUGUGAACAGCUUUAGUUUCCUGUACACAUCCAUUCCUCUACUCCUGAGUAUCCACAAGUCUAGUAUUGUGUGAUGGAGUCCAUAGAGCAGCAGUGUAAACACGGCAGCUUCCUGUCAAUUCCAUCACUGCCGACAAGCAAGUGUUCACUAAUCUGAGAACUAUAAUUGAGAUAAGGAGAGAUACUUCAUCCUUUAAAAUUCAUCCUGGAAUAACCAAACAUUAGCAUGAAAUUACAACUUAUUGUUUUCAAUUUCUGUCAUUUUUUCAUUUGGAAACAUAUGAACUAAUUAUAUAUUUUUAGUUUUACCUAUUUGUAAUUAUAUACCUAAUUAUACAUAGUGUGGCUUUCCGUUAUGCAGAUUUGUUAUGACAACUGAUGUUUCAAAUAUAUCUGCUUUGAUCAUUGUCAGCACACUUGGUAAUUGUUUACCUAAUGCCUUAAUCAAGGUCUUGCAACUCUUUUCUUCUUAACUUUUAAAAAAUAGUUUUAAGUAACCUCUAUAUCUUAUCAUAAAGGUCAUUUCUGAAGUGUUCUUGAAAAUGAGUGUGGAAGAAUUGAGAGUAAUAAAUGCAUUUCCAGAUACGAGCCACCUUCUUGUUCUGGUGAAAAGGAAGCUACCGUAGUGAAAAGCUCCUGGUGAUACUGGCACUAUUUGUGACCUCCUGAUCGAUAGGUCCCCUUAGUUGUCCCCUCUUGUAUCAGCUGCUUUUCCUGUCACCAUGACCAAGUGCCCAACAAUAAACAGUUUGAAGAAGAGGUUUAUUUUAUCUCAUGAUUUCCAGAUAAGGCCAUCCCGGUUGGGAAGACCUGGCAGCAGGCACCUCUUUGUUGACAGAAGUUUGUGGCACACGGCUGCUCACAUCUCUGGAGACUAGUAAUGAAAAGAAGGCAAAUGCCAGCUCCCAACUGGCUUUCCCCUUUUUCUCUUUUACUCAUCCCAGGACUUAGCUCUUGGGAUGGUAACACCAGAUUAGGGGAACAUACACACUCACAUGCACACACACAUACCACCCCCAGUUAUCCUUUCUAGGAAUGCCUUCACAGACAUGCCCAAAGUUCUGAUUCCCCAGGCGUCAGUUCUCAGACUGGUCAGUGGGUAGCUGUUCCCCAGCCAAGAACCUCUUACCAGUAAGCAAGUACCUUUAGUCCCCAGGUACUGUUGAUGGACAGCCUCUGCCUGAAAGGCUCAUCCUGCCUGGUGACUUCUAGACACCAUUAGACUUCAUCUCUGAAGCUGCCUCAGAGAACCUUUCUCUGACCUUCCUGUCCUGCUCAGAGCAGCUCACUCUGCACUCUUCCUGACUGCCACACUCCUCUGUGCACAGCAGUGUCUUUCCACUUUCCUUCCCUCGCUAUGAUGAAACUGUGAUAAAAGAAAGGAAAGUUAUGUUUGCUUAGUUUAAGAGAUGAGUGUGGUGAUUUGCCCUGGUUAUUUUGGAUCUGUGGUAAGACAGUCAUGGUAGAGGAGUGUGGUAAAGAACUGCUCAACUCAUGGUGGCCAGAAAGAGGAGGCUCAGUUCUUAAUACACCCUUCCAGGGUGGGCCAAUGACCUACGCCCUUCAACCAGGCCCCACCUACUAAAAUCCCCAUAACACCAUGGGCUGACUUUCAGCAUGAGAUUGGGAAUUAUUUAGAAUUCAAUGUAUAGCACUACUUAAUAUUUACGUACUGAUUUGAUAGCUCUUCAUCUCCCUCCAUACAGGAUAAACUCCAGAAGGACAGAGACCAUGCCUAAUCUAACAUGCAGUAGCUGCACAGUGCAAGUGUCGGAAUGGUGGGGUGGGCCGUUAUAUGUGAAAGUUGUCUUGUUUCUAUGAAAACAAAAGAGUAAACGAAGAGAUGAUGCUUGGUUUUUCUGAAAGCAUGUCCUCAUUUACCCUGGUUCCCACCGAUAGCUACAAGGAGAGAAGCCUACUUGACCUGAGUAAUACUUUGUUGAGAUCACAUCUCCUGUCCUUGGUCUGCCCUUGAAACUUGGCCUUCAAAUGUAAACUACUGUGUCGGAGCCUGUUUGAGAGUCCGACCUUCCCCUGCUUCCAUCAUAGAUGAAGUUAAGAUGUAGUUUUCUAAAGAGGCACGAGAAAUCCAGACACGGUAGUGCACAUCUUUAAUCCUAACACUUGGGGGGCUGAGGUAGUCUGUGAGGCCAGUCUGCUUAGCUCCAGGUCAGUUCAGGAUACAGAGUGGACCUUUUCCAAAAACACCAAAAGGCAAGGGAAGAUUGUGCCUUCCUCACUUUUGAGGACGAUCUUGACAGUGCAGCCUGACAGGGUUCAUAUCGUGUAUGUCGAGAAGAUGUGCAUAACCAGUCCACAGUGCCCCAGGCCCAUUGUGCUUUCAUGAUCUUGGGUCACUCACAUUUAGUUUGGCUGUUAUUAAAAGUCCCGCAAGUAGUGUCCAGCUCCUCUUAGAACCCAGUGUGAAAAUGUUAAGUUUCAGCAGCAGAACCCUCUGAGGCUUGCUGGUACUCCUGGCAGCCAGCUCCGUUUCCAUCGUGACUGCCCUCGACGGGGAGGGACAUGAUGUAGUCUAAGCUGUGAGCACAUACAGUUUAGCUGACAGUGCCUGGCCUGCCCGGGAAGUAGACUGGCUGUGCUGUAACCCGUGGUGGAGGACCUGCUGGUUUAACAUGCAGGAGGCCACCUUAGGUCGAACCUUCAGUGCAAAGAAGGAAGGGAAGGAGGAGGAAAGAGGAACGGGAGAGAGAGGGCAAAGGGAAAGGGAGCGGAAGCAGAUGGGUGUUGGGAUCCAGGAAGAUGAUGUCCAGGGACAAGCACUCUGCACAAGCAUGUCCCUCGUCUUCCUGGUGAAACCUGCCUCCCCUCUGUACUGCACAAGGCUUCCUUGCUCUUUUCACUGAAAAUAUUGCAUAAGAUUAAAUUGCCACAGUAAAAUUAAAAUUCCUGCUCCCUGUUUAUAAGCAGCAGCAGAUAUAACUAAAUCACCGCUACGCUAUUGACAAUGUUAAACGUAGUUCUCACGGGUACAAUGUAUCCACCAUUUCAACCAGAGUGAAGUUAAGAAUGCUUCACUUUUGAGAAAAAAAUGUAUCGUGUCUAUUAAGGGAAUUUAUACACGUGAUAUGUUUAUAGCAGUGACCUACACUUCAGACAUGUAAUGCUUUAUUAUAUGUGCUUUAAAUAUGAACAUAAAAUUUUAAUUUCAAAAAAAAAAAAAACCCUCAGCAUCCACUCUUCUGUAAAGCUGACAUAAAAACUCCAACUCUGCACUGCUCCCUGAUGGGCUCGGAGUAAUUAAGCAGACAUAACACAGAAAGGAAUUUAUUAGGCUUUUAUUAAGGCUUGAUAAUUUGGGUUUCAGAUUUUAAAUCUCAGAGGGCUCAUAAUUGUUGUCAUUUCCUAGUGAGAGACACGUUUGGAAGGAAGUUCAGUCUCUGUGCAAAGGAAAAACAGAUUCGGAUGGAAAAUCCAAAGGGCCGUUUCAUUAUCCCGGAGCUGACUGCAGGUGUCAAGGCUCCCACUCUGAGGCUUUUGCAGGAGCGCAGACAGGUUACUGCUGCAGUUCCUCGGUGCUGGUAUUUCCCUGAGACUGUGUUCACUGCGGGAAGUCGAGUCUCAAGGCUGAGCUGUGCCUUAACAGGAAAGGAAGAUUGUGUCAACUCUAGAAAUGUGAGUGACUCUAAUUCACAAAGGCAGUUUGAGCCUUACUUUAAGAUUCAGUCUCACUCCUGUCACAAGAAAUACACUGAGGCCAGUCCAGAGCUCUGUAGAGACCCUAGAGUGGGUUGUAAUGCUGAACACUGUCUUCUGCUUACACUGGAUUCCUUCCUAGUCCUUUUUUUCCUUCAAGUGUUUUCCAAAAUAUUGGUGAAGACAUCUUUUAUUGUUUGGAUCUUUUUUCUGAAUUCAUAUAGUGAUAACAUCACUAUAAAAAUAUUCUUGGACUAGGGAUCAGCAAAAUUCUUGCCCACAAAAAAUGCUGGUCACUUUUACCAGUGUUGCCUUAGUCCAUUGCUAGGAUGCUAGGCCAGGAGAGUGUCUGAGGCUUAUGGCCAGCCAAUCAAGACAGUCAACAAACUGUCUCAGGUAGAAAGCUGAGGAGACGGUUCAAAAGGAAAGCAGUCGUCACAGCAGCCCAAAGAACCAAGUUUGGGCACUAGCAGCCCAUUAAAGCUAAACCAGCAUGGUAGCCCACUGUAAUCCUAACCCUGGGCAGAUGGAGAUGGAACUCCCCAAGGCCAACAGCCAGAGCAUCCAAUCAGCAAGUUCCAGGUUCCAUGCUAGACCCUGCCUCAGUGUAUAAAGACGAGUAACAGAGAAGAGACCUAACCACUAGCCUGUAUGUGCAUUCACACACAUGUGUAUGUGUCUGCACAUACCUAAGCACGCUGGCAAAUACUCAGCUACAUGGUAUUUUUAAGUGAAUUACCUAGUGAAGUAGAAUGUCAUAGAGGACACUUGACAUCUGCCUCUGGCUUCCACAGGUACGUACACAUAUAUGUGUACACACACACACACACAAACAAUUGUUUUCUCCCCAAAAUGUGGAGAACAAUUGUGUGUCUGUCAGGACAACAGAUUGGAUAUAUGUUAGUCUAUUUUGUGCUAUUACCAAAACACCCUAAGUUGGUUAAUUCAUUUAAAAAAAGACGUAAGGUUUUUUCUUACAGUUUUAGAGGCUAGCAAGCCCAGGGUCAGAAGGUUCCCUUUAAAUAAGUGUGUUUUAUGUUAUUUCAUCUCAUGGUAGAUGGCAAAGGGCAAGAAUACAAGAGGACAAAUUCACAGCUCUAACCUCUAUAAGAGGCAUCAGUGCUUUGUGAGGGUGGAGCUCCAUGGCCAGAACACCUCCCACCUUCCUGCACUGGGAAUUAAGCUCCCAAA